GUCAGUUUGCAUUCACUACUUGUUUUAACUUAUGCAUUUUGCUUACUGAUACUUCCAUCUAGUAUUUCAUUAUAAAUCGUAUUUAAAAUGUGUAAUACUUCUGAUAGUGAGAGUGAUGUGCCGAUGCAAGAAAUAAAAGAUGUUAGCUGUUUUAGUACGCCUAAAAAAAAAAAAAUAAAAAGUGCGGAUUAUACUCAGAAAUACAAAAGAGACUGGGAAAAAGAGCGGAAGUGGCUCCAGUCAAGUAAGAAAGGCCCAACUUACGCGUGGUGCAAAUUCUGCAGUUGCGAUAACCUUAUUGCGAGGGGCAAAGGAGAAAUUAAAAAGCAUAUCACCACUGCCAAACACAUAAAGUCAAUAUCAACCAUCAAAUCGCAACCAUCUGUGGCGUCAGUGUUUGGCAAAAAAUCCAAAAAUAUCGACGAAAAGGCAAAAGAGGGUGUUUUACGCCUUGCUGGUUUUAUAGCGGAGCAUAACUUGCCAAUAAGAUUAAUGGAACAUAUUUCGAAUUUAGUUAAAAGUAUUUGCACAGAUUCUGAAAUUGCGCAAGCUAUCAAAUGUAUUCGUACAAAAAUGACUAACGUAAUACGAAAUGUCACCGGCGAUUGAUUUACACAAUAUAACGCCUUAACCCUUUAUUUUACGGAGCAAGCUUAUGAAGGAGUGUUGCAAGCCGACAAUAUUUUAGAAAAACUUAAAAAACCAGAGAUAAAACUAUACCUUGAUUUUUUGGCAUAUACUCGUAUAUUACCUUUAUUUAACCGGCUAAACCUUUUAAUGCAGAGUGAGAAGCCACAGCUACAUAAAGUAUAUGAAGAAGUGACAUGUGUGUUAAAAACCAUAAUGGACUGUUUUAUUAAACGAGAUAUUUUAGAGAACAUCAUGGUGUAUGAAAUUGAUUAUAAAAAUCCGA